ACCUUUAUAUAAACUCAAACGCCUUUCAACAUAUGUCCCUAUAAUAGCACACUAAAUUCACAUACAUACAUCUUAAAAAAUGGUUCGAGACCUAAAGAACAUGACGCUUCGUGGAUUCGGUCUUGUGUGUCUGUUCACGAUCGUUAGCAAAGCCUACGCUAGAGAGUUUGCGGUUGGUGGUGCAAAAGGUUGGACCGUCCCUUCAGGUUCUCAAGUUUACAGUCAAUGGGCAGAGCAAAGCAGAUUCCAAAUCGGCGACUCUCUGCUGUUCGUUUACCAACCAAACCAAGACUCAGUUCUCCAAGUCACAAGAGACGCCUACGACAGCUGCAACACGGAUGCACCAACCGCUAAGUUCGCUGAUGGCAAAACUUCUUUCGCAUUAACACACUCUGGACCAUACUAUUUCAUCAGUGGAAACAAAGACAACUGCAAAAAAAACGAGAAGCUUGUGGUCAUCGUCAUGGCUGACAGAAACGGCAACACCACCACAUCAUCACCACCACUGCCUUCUCCAGCUCCUGCUCCCUCAUCAUUACCGCCUUCUCCAGCGCUGGCUCCCUCGGCAGAGUCCCCUCCUUCUCCACCGCCAAUGACAGGACCCUUUGAGACACCAGCACCUACGCCUACUCCAACUCACGAAACUCCAAAUAGUGCAGCUUCCCCAUCUUCUUCCUUUGUGGCUGCUCUUCUUGUAGCUGCCUUUGCUUCCACUCUAUUCCUACACUAACUAGUUUAUCUUCUGCCUUAUCUUUUCACUCUUUUUUCAGUUGGUGUUUGUUGCUUGAUUUAUAAACAUUUGUUUAUCAUGUAAAUGAAUAAAAGUUCCACUUGGGUUGUAUUA